UGGAGGGGCAAUCAGUUUAUACGAAACAUUUGCGAAAUGAAGGUUCUUACGCUUCUUCUGUUGACCGCUUUGGUCGGAGUGGCUGUUGCCAGGCCCAAUGGCGGCUGGUUCGGAAGUUUUGGAGGCAAUUGGAUUAGGAACUUCUGGGGCUCCCAGGAAAAUGAGGAAACCAGUGCCCUGAAGGGACAGUGGAACAACAAUGGACAAGGUCAGUGGAAUGGAAAUGGUCAGGGACAGGGUCAAUGGAAUGGAAAUGGUCAGGGUCAGUGGAAUGGUGGACACGGAAAUGGCCAUGGAAACGGUCACAAUCACGGAAAUGGCCACGGAAAUGGUCACGGAAAUGGCCAUGGCCACGGACACGGACAUGGUGGAAACCGACCCCCACCACCACCACCAACUGACCUGCCCGAACUGAGCACCGAAGACGAUAUUGUGGAUUCUACAACUGCAGCUCCAGAAGUAUCCACUUUGACGCCCGAGAUCCCGGAGGAAUCUACCACUCAGAACCCUGAAGAGCCGGAGGAUUCCACCACUGAAGCUCCAGUAGAGACUACCGAAGCCCCAGAAGAGACUACCGAUGCCCCAGUAGAGACUACCGAUGCUCCAGUAGAGACUACCGAAGCUCCAGUGGAGACUACCGAAGCUCCAGUCGAGACUACCGAUGCUCCAGUAGAGACUACUGAAGCUCCCGAAGAGACCACCACCGAAUCAGAGGAGGGAAGUGGUUCUUCGGAAGAAACAACCACCCAGGAGCCCGAGGACUCCACCACCGACUCCGAUGAAGGAAGCGGCUCUGAUACUACUCAGGCUCCCGAAGAUCCCGAGGAGUCUACCACCGAUGCUGCCGAAGACACUACUCAGGCCCCAGAGGAGUCUACCACCGAUGCUGGAGAGGAAACUACUCAGGCCCCGGAGGAGUCUACCACUGAUGCUGGAGAGGAAACUACUCAGGCCCCGGAGGAGUCUACCACCGAUGCUGGAGAGGAAACUACUCAGGCUCCGGAGGAGUCUACCACCGAUGCUGGAGGAGAAACUACUCAGGCUCCGGAGGAGUCUACUACCGAUGCUGGAGAGGAGACCACUGAGGAGCCUGUAGAGAGCACUACUGAUGGUUCAGAGGUGACUACGGCCAAUGAGUAACUCCAUUCUUGGUUAACACAACUAGGCUAUAAAUUAUAGGCUACAAACCAAUUAAAAGAAAGUGUCUAGCAAAUAUUACAAAAUUAUAACUAAUUUAUUAUUGGCCACGCGACUCUAUGGCCAAAUUCGAGAUUAUAGGCUCCUCAUGGUAACACAGUUAUUUUUGUCACGCAUUCGUCAUAUAGCUUUAUAGUUCCUGUAAUCUAAACUAUUAUAAAAUGAAACUAAAAAACAACUCUAGACUGUCGAAA